AUGUCUCAGCCCAAUGCGCCGGCCCAGCCGGCCGCUCAAGAAGGCGGCAUGGGCAUGACCCAGAAGCUGAUCCUCGGUGCCACCAUGUACUUCGGCAUGAAUAUGCUCAUGAACAACUUGUUCCAGAAGAACCAGUCCGGCACCCAGGUAAAGGACGCCAAUGGCAAAGUCAUCAGCGUCCCCGCCAACACCGAAGAUAUUCCUCCAUACCUCCUGCGGCCUAAACAGUUGAACGAGGGCGCUACGUACAGCCAGAUUCCCCAGAAGCUGGCUCCGAUCUGGCCAAUGGACAGUCAUGUGGAUAUCAUUGUCACGGUCUCCGACAACGUCGUUCCUGCCCCGUUGUCUCAGACUCCGAAAGAGAAGAUAGUCUUGAAGGAGGAGAAGUUCAAGCUCGGAAACUACAGCGAGAAGCGAUCGAUCGAUACUACUAUUACGAUCCCCCCCUCUGUCCAGAACAACGGAACUCUCUGGGGUCACUUCUACGUCCAUCUCCCUGGAAGCCAGCCUGAUCCUCAUGUCGAGUCGUUCGAUCCCGCCUCUGCCUACUACUUUGCUUUCCCCCUCACCCAGUACAUCCCCAAGAAGAAGGAAUUCAAGACUCGCUCGCUUUUGGACAAGGCCGAGGAGGAGCCCGAGGCAGUGGUGGAGGAGAAGGAUUCUGGUCCCAUCAUCGCCAGCUACUAUCACCCGAACGCCAGUCUGUCAAUGAUUCCCAACACCGGGGUCCUCGAGUACCGCACCACGCACCCCGCCAUCCGCCAAUUCCUCCAACUCGAGCCUACCGGCGCUAGAGAUGGUUCUGGCAAGCACUCUUGGUACUACCCAAUUCUCUUCGUCAACACUUUCUGGCAGUUGAAGAGCCAGAUGAUGUUGCUCAAUGACACCGUCACGGAAGUCCCGCUUCACAUUGACUUGAACAACCUGCGCUCUUGGCAGUUCAACACGCUCGCCGCUAUCGAGGCGAGCGCGAAGGAGUCUGCCCGCCAGGCUGCGUUCGGCGGGUCCCUCCCUGGUGGUGGUGACGGCUCUGAGAUUGAGAUGGUCAAGGAGAUCUUUAUUGACACCAACCCGAUUCUUCUCGGUAUCACAGUCAUCGUCAGCAUUGCGCACAUCAUCUUGGAAACUAUGGCCUUUGGAUCCGACAUCGCUCACUACCGCAAGAAGAAGGAUAACGUCGGUAUCUCUGUCCGGUCCAUUUUGGCCAACGUCUUCAUGCAGGCCGUUAUCCUGCUCUAUCUCAUCGACAACUCGCAAAACACUAGCUGGAUGAUUCUUGGCUCUCAAGCGGUAGGAAUUGUCAUUGAGUUCUGGAAGAUCACAACGAUCGUCAACGUCACGGUGAAAGCAGCACCACCAGGCUCCUGGCUGCCAUUCGUCAUCGCAUUUGAAGACAAACACAAGCUCAGCGAGACCGAGGAGAAGACCAAGGAGUACGACGAGAUCGCGUUCAAGUACAUGUACAUUGCCGGAGUGCCGCUUCUCAUCGGAUACGCCGUCUACUCGUUGAUCUAUGAGACGCACAAGUCGUGGUACUCGUACAUCAUUACCACGCUAGUUGGAAGCGUUUACGCCUACGGCUUCUUGAUGAUGGUUCCCUCCCUGUACAUCAACUACAGACUGAAGAGCGUCGCACACAUGCCUGCCAAGGCCAUGAUGUACAAGUUCCUCAACACUUUCAUCGACGAUCUGUUCGCAUUCACCAUCAAGAUGCCUUUCCUCCACCGCCUGUCUACUUUCCGCGACGAUAUCAUCUUCUUCAUCUACCUGUACCAGCGCUACGCUUACAAGGUCGAUCACACUCGCGUCAACGAGUUCGGUCAGGGUGGCGAAGACGAGGAGGAGGACAAGACCAAGGCCAAGGCCAAGGAGCUGCUCGAGAGCGACCCCACUAUUGAGAAGGUGAAGGAGGUUGCUGGCAAAGCCACGGGCGCCGACACUGGCAAGGCCAAGAAGAGAAAGUAA